ACUGAACUGAAACCUGACCUGGCUCAACGCGCUUCUUUAAAAUCCUUAUCUCUUUACACGGAAAGAUCUCCGUUGUUUGACAAUGAAUCUGUCAGCAUUGAAUAUCUGUUGGAUACAAUCGUGUGCUUGUCGUAUGAGUGCCGCUUGCCGCAGCAUAGAUCAGAACGAAAUUGCGCCAAAUUCUCAAACGCAGUGAAACCGUAUGUUGAGCGGAUUGAACGUUGUUGGAUAUCACGCGAUGAGUUCGAAACCAUCCGCCUAAUUGGAUCAGGUGCAUUUGGUGAGGUGUCUGUGGUUAGAUGGAAGAACAAUGGACAGAUAUACGCACUCAAAUCUCUGCACAAGUAUGAUAUGCUGAAAAGAUCUGAUCGCGCUUGUUUUCAAGAAGAACGGGAUGUCAUGGUAAAAGCAAUGGUGAAGAACUCCCCUUGGAUAGCUAAGUUACAUCAUGCUUUUCAAGAUGAAAAGUUUCUGUACUUUCUCAUGGACUUUUACAACGGUGGUGACAUGUUGACCAUGUUGAGUAAAUUUGAUGACAAGAUCCCCGAGGACAUCGCCCGGUUCUACAUUACGGAAAUCGUGCUGGCAAUCGAUUCACUACACCAGCUUGGUUACGUUCAUCGUGACAUAAAACCAGACAAUGUUCUGUUAGACUCUGGACAUAUUGUUUUGGCCGAUUUCGGCUCUUGCCUUAAAAUAGGCGAAAACGGGUUAGUAAAAAACAGUACAGCCGUUGGUACUCCGGAUUAUAUUUCACCGGAGAUCCUGCGCGCCACAGAAGAUGACCAUGGAACUUACGGUGUGGAAUGCGAUUUUUGGUCUUUGGGCGUGGUCAUUUACGAAAUGCUAUUCGGCGAGACCCCAUUCUACAGUGAAAAUCUAAUCGAAACUUACGGUCAUAUCAUGAAUUUCGAAGUGAUUUCAGAACCUGCUCGGGAUUUAAUGCGACGCCUAAUUUGCGAUCGUAAACGGCGACUUGGCAGAAACGGUUUGUCAGAUUUCAAAGCUCAUCCGUUUUUUAACGGAGUUGAUUGGGAUCAUAUACGUGAGCGUAAGUGGUUGGAAAAUUCCUUGUUACUUAAAAUACCGAAUGUACAUGAAAACACUUUUGGUCUAUCUCCGGGGCUCACGAUUAGCCAUAUGUAUAUCUUUCUUUUUUACAUCGGUAUGUGUCCACUUCCUUGUUUCGUUCUCAACGCUGCCAUCGCGUUUUACAACCGGCACUAG